UUAGUCGCCAUACUGCUUUGGGACCUGUUUGACGGCUGGUGCGGCGAAGUUUGGAGGAACGGUGUCAUGGCCUCACGUGACCAUGAUGACCGAGGCGAGCAGAAACGAGGAGAUCGACCUCGCGGCACACGUGAUGAUGGUGGGGAGCGAAGGCCAUAUAGGCCACCUAUGUGCUUUGUGUGUCAGGAGAUUGGACACUAUGCGAAUCAGUGCCCAAACCGGAGUAGACGUUCGAAUGCGCGACCGUCUUCGUCGUCUGAUUCAAGGCGCUCUAGAUCUUUACGCGGGUAUGAUUCGAGAAGGAGAGAGAUCCCUCAGCCACUUAAUGCGGAGCUGUGGGAUACUAUUGCGAAGCUCGGCAAGAGUGUCGCGGUGAUGGAGGAGCACUAUGCUGCUGAACGGGAAAAGAAAGAAGCAAAGAGGAAGAAGAAAUUGGAGAAGGAGGAGGCGCUACGGCAGGAGGAGGAGGAACGCGUUCGAAGGGAGAAACAACGUGUUAGAACUGAGAAGAAGAUGUUGAAAGCCAAGCAGAAGAAGGCUUUGGAAGCAGAAGCACGGGUGGCAAUGCAGAAGGAUAUGAGCAUACAACUUGCCAUACAGGUCGGUGAUUUGGAAAAUCGACUGGUUGAACGUAUGUACCAGGUCGUUGCGCCAGCACUUACUCCAAGUCAAGAGCGUGGCAAGAAGAAGGUGAGGUACGCAUCUAAUUCGGAUGAAGCGUCACCUGCCCGCUGUGAGGAUAGUGAUACGAGUGUAACAAAGGAGCUCAAUGAAAAAACUGAGCGACUGAGUAUUUCAGAGAAGAGCAAGCGGGGCGCCGAAUCUGUCUUCAAAGAGCCAAGUCCUCCGAUGGAGCUGCCAGCGAAGAGAACUCAGAAGCGAGGUAUCAUGAAACCUGUGAAGUUGACGGGACUGUUGACCCGCUCGAAGUCAAAGAAGGCGGGUGGGGGCUGGACACCUAAGUCGAACAAUAAGAAGAUUGCUACACCUAUUUCGAAGCGCCAUACUUCACUAACGCGUGCUGCAAUGACAGUGUUGACCCCAGCCGCCAAAGGGGCCCUUGCCCGUCUCCGCUAUCGAAAUGAUGUGCUCAAGGAGCUUAAAUCCUUGGAUGCUACCGAGUUGCAGAGCAUCUGUCGCGAAGAGGGAUUGCACUAUGAUAAGAAGAUCGAUGCGAUCUUCGAUAUUGCUGACUAUCGUACUGAACAAGCCUUCGAGGGGUCGACAACAGGGAAUGUUGAGGUAAUCGAUGUCGUUGCCUCUGAAAACCUCGGCGGGGAUGGGAUGGUGGAGUCUGCCGCAGGGGGAGAUGUGUGAUGUGGCUUACCUGUACAGAAGCUAUGGAAACUUUGUCGAUUACUUGCGCAUGAACGUU